AUGCACACGCACGAACCACGGUUUUUCUAUUUGACCCCAACUACGGAUGCCGUGUACCUUUAUACGCCAACAGAUGCGCCAUCAAAAACAGAAAGACAGAUAAUCCACGACUUGUGGCCACUGACAGAGGACAACUACGUUCCGGGACGAGCUGUAACUCAAAGUCGAGAAGCUCAGCUCACCGUCGUUGCCAAGAAUGGCGGAAAUAUUCUUUUGCCUGAAUACGCACGAGCGAUCAAGAGACUGGACAUGUACAUUCAGAACAGAAUUCGGGUGAAAUUUCGCAACAAAACCUACACUUACCGAGAUCUUUGUCUCCGAUGGAAAAAGAAAGGCUGUCCGGGAAAUGGACACAUCCAGGUCAUUUCCGAACUGUACAACCACGGCAUCAACAUCACCUACCCAACGUUCCGCAUGGGAAGCAAGAGUGGCUAUUUGGGUGCCGGAUUGGGAGGUGUUUCCUUGAGCAAGGACGAUAACGGCACUGUCAUCCUGGCUGCAGCCAAAGCUUGGUUGCUAGUUUAUCAGCUGAAGUUCUUCCCUACGAAUGUUUCGUAUGUAUCCGGAGUUUGGGAGAAGUCGUUCAAAAUGCACAUGGAUCACUAUCCAGUUGAUCCGUACAUAACCAUCACGUACUUCCACUCGCAGACCUUAGCCGAGGAGCUAAAACGAAAUGCGGACAGUUUAGUUCCCAGGUUCAUUGCUGCUUUUGUGAUUCUUGUGGUCUUCGCCGUGAUCUGCUCUCUUGUCACAAUUAAGGCUGUCGGCACGGAUAACAUGUUUCUGAUGGUGGCUGCAGUGAAAAGGACUUCACGGGUCCUACCAGUCGAAGAGCGCAUUGGCGAAUGCAUGGCUGACGCCGCUGUGUCCAUUCUCAUCACUGCACUCACUGAUGCCUUCUCAUUCGGCGUCGGCACGAUAACUACGAUCCCAGCCGUGCAGAUAUUUUGUAUCUAUACCUGCUGUGCCCUUGUGCUCACUUUUCUGUACCAGGUGGCCGCAUCGGCAUCAACUCGCUUGCUCUGGCUCGGUUCACGUACACAUCCUGAUCCAACGCAUGAGUCGAAUCGCAAGCGUUGUGCUGCUACGAAAUUCUUCCAGGAUUGGUACGCGCCCAUUCUCAUGCAACCGGCAAUCAAAGCACUCGCCGCUCUCUGGUACUGUAUCUACGUUGGAUUCGCUAUUUAUGGUUGUUUCCAUCUCAGAGAAGGACUCGAGCCGGUCAAUCUCUUGGUGGACGACUCCUAUGCGAAGCCUCAUUACCUCUCGCUGGAGCGGCACUUCUGGCAUUACGGUGCUACUCUUCAGGCAUUUUACGAGAUGGCAUCACAUUAUCUCUACACACAUGACGCUGACCCAUGGAUGGAAGACGUGAAGUGGACCCUUGAUGAGCACGAACGGCCGUACAUUUCCGCAUUCAGGUUCCUGAUUGGAAUGCGAGACAUAUCUAGCACGACCGAGCAGCAGAAAGCCACGAAAAGUUUUCGCCAGGUAGCAGCGAUAUUUCCUGAAUACAACGUGACUACUUUCAUGCCACUAUGGCUUUUCACUGACCAGUACGACUUGGUGGUACCGAAUACGGUCCAAGACAUCGUCAUUGCGGUGCUUUGCAUGCUAUUCAUAGCAUUCCUUCUGAUUCCGCAACCAUUUUGCGCCCUCUGGGUAGCUUUCACCAUUGGAUCCAUCGAUCUGGGCGUCCUCGGCUACAUGACACUCUGGGGUGUGAAUCUGGAUGCAAUUUCGAUGAUAACGAUCAUCAUGUCCGUUGGAUUCUCUGUGGACUACUCCGCCCACAUCACCUACGGCUACGUGAUCUCGAAAGAACCUGACCCACGAGACAGAGUUCGCGAUGCCCUCGGCGACCUCGGCUGGCCAGUUGUUCAAGGUAUUCCUGGCGAUCUCGAUUGGAUUAAUUCAUGGCCUCAUCUUCCUUCCCUGAUGCUGUCGCUAUUUGUUCGAGGUUUCUGCACAAUCGGCUCCCGCAAACUGGACGACGAACCUGAAUCCGUGGCGAUUUCGACGAGAGCUCCUCCUUCUGUAAGCGAUUGUUCAACGUUGCAGAAACGCCAUCCGCCGCCUGAAACUCCUCCUCCACGUCCACCGAUGCUUCCACCCCCAUCGUUUCAGCAACAAGUAUAA